CAUCCAUAUGAAAUCGCACCUACUUGUUAAACACACCAUCAUUAGAACAAAUUUGACCAACCAGGCAUUCCAAAUUUUCUUGCUGUCUGGUUUAUCGGUUCGGUUGCUUUCCGAAGCCGCGUUAGCCCGACCACACAAAAACGGUCAACCAUAUUCGUCCCAUUUUCUAUUCUCCACUCCCUUCAACCAACCCGCAUUAACCCCGCACCAGGUCCAACCCCCAACCCCUCCACCACAAAACCUCUCACCUUCCCUCCCUCCACUCCCACCACGCGCUGCCAUUUUCCCCCACCGAGAUUCCCCGCAUGUGCAAAACGAAAAUGGCCGUCGACGCCGCCGCUCCCACCUCCCGCACUCGCUCUUCUUCCUCCACCACCGCCGCCUCUCAGUCCCAAUCCGACUCCACCUCCCGAUCUCGCCCCGCUCAGUCUCCCCGUACUCCGCAAACGCCCCGGCAGCGACUGACAUUCACCGCCGGCGCCUCCACCUCUUCAUCGUCCUCUUACUACUACUCAGAUCCCUCCUUCUCCUCCGGCGCCAACUACACAGGAGGCACCUCCUCCUCCUCCCUCUCCAGCCGUACCUCCCUCUCCAGCCUCCGCGACUCCCUCUCCCAAAACCCUCACAUCUACGACAUCUCCGAGAUCCGCCGCGCCACCAACAGCUUCCUCGCCAAGCCCUACUCCCCUUCCUCCUCCUGCUGGCGGUGCACGCUCCGCGGCAGCGACACCAUCGUCUUCCAGCGCAAGUUCCGCCGCAAGAUCGAGAUCGACCAGCUGAAGGAGCUCCUCUCCGUCAUCUGCCGCAGCAACCACACCAGCGUCGUCAGGCUCCUCGGCGCGUCCACCUCCGGGGACCACAUUUACCUCGUCUACGAGUUCGUCAAGGGGGCGAACCUCGCCGAUUGCCUGAGGAACUCGCGGAAUCCCGAAUUCACGGUGCUCUCCACCUGGAUUUCCAGAAUCCGGAUCGCGACGGACCUCGCACACGCGCUCGAUUACGUCCACAACAAGACGGGGCUGAACAUGACUCUCGUCCACAAUCACUUCACCAGCAGCAGCGUCAUCGUCACGGAUCCUUCCCUGAACGCGAAGAUCUGCCACUUCGGGGCCGCGCAGCUCUGCGGAGAAGGCGGCGGCGAAGGCGAAUUCGGAGGGAGGAAACCUAGUUCGAAGAUCACGACUCUGCGAGAGAAGGGGGAAACCGCUGGAGCGAGCGAGGAGGAAGAGGGAGGAGACGAUACCUCCUCCGCCACCGCCUCUCCGAGACGGCCCGAAUUGACGAGAUCAGACAGCGGAGAGAUGCAAUUCCAAGGCGUGAGAGGCUACAUGUCGCCGGAAUUUCAAGCCACGGGGGUCGCGACGCAGAAAUCGGACGUGUACGCUUUCGGCGUGGUGAUUCUGGAGCUCUUGUCCGGGGAGGAGCCGAUGAAGUACAGGUACGACAAGGCGAAAGGCAGUUACAUACGGACGACGCUGAUCGAGACGGCGACGAGAGCCGCUUUGGGCGACGGCGGCGAUGGAGGAGGGGGAAGGGAGGGGAGGGUGAGGAAGUGGAUGGAUGGGAGGCUGAGGGAUUCUUUCCCGGUGGAGGUGGCGGAGAGGCUAGUACGGAUAGCGCUGGAGUGCGUACACGUGGAAGCAGAUAAGCGGCCGGAUAUGGGACGCGUGGCGGGGAAGAUAUCCAGAUUGUAUAUUGACUCGGUGAAAUGGAGCGAGAGUAUGAACAUGCCUACUGACCAAAUUUCUGUUUCAUUGGCACCCCGGUGAGGCGCCGGCGACCAAUCGAGAUGGGCUGGGCCGACAAAGGGGAAGCCCAACAUUAGGAAGAGGUAUAUAAUUCUUUUUUUUAUUAUUGGAUUGGCGGCUAAUUCUAUUCUUGUUUGCUUCGACUAAUUUAAUUGAUAAUGAUGGGAGUGCAUAUAUUAUUACUAAAUUUCUGUCUAGGUUGGACACAUUCAUUCGCAUGAUAAUGUGGGGUUUGGAGGGAAUCAGCAUAAACAAAUUGGCUAAUUGCUGUACUAGUUGAUUGCACCAAUAAAAAAAUCAUUAGUUAAUGGGUAUCUUUUUUAAUUAAAUAGACCAUGACCGAUAUGCUAAUGGUGAUUUGGGUUAAACUCUAGGUAUGAGUUACUUUGAGUUAAACACCUGGCAUAUACAUUUUUCGAUUUGAUUGAAGAUGUCCACAAUAACAAAAAAUAUAAAAAUAUUUUUAUAUUAUUGAUAAAUGUCGAUCAGGGCCGGUCAAGAGGGUGUGCCGGCCCGCCCUUCGGCAUAGGGCCUCCGAAUAUUAGGGGCCUCUACUUAGAUUCGUUAGUUACCAAUUGAACAUUGCAGGUUGUUUUUUAGUAUAUGAUUGAUAGAUUAUGAAUAUGAUGACGAAUUUAAUAGAUAAUUUUAGCUAUAAUAACAAUUGAAAAAGAUUUCAUGGAGAAUACGAAAAUCAGAGAGAUAAUAGAUAAUUUUAAUUUAAACAAUAAAGAAAGAUAUUACAUUUUAAAUAAUGGUAUUAUAAUCAUUUUAGUUUUAUUAUAGUUAAAAGUCAAUUUGGAUCAUGUCUCAAUUUUGGAAUAGGGCCUACACGAUCCAUUAGAUAUACUUGCACCCACCUCUCGAUCAAUUUAUAUUAUUUUCAUUUCUCCAUUCAAUUUUUGCUCUAUAUCCAUUUUCUGUUCUCUCCAGAUUUACUUUUCUCCCUCCCUGCUAGGAGUGAGAAUUUGGUUUUGGUUUCUUGGUCAAACAGGAAGUGAGAUUAUUUAUUCAUUUUGAAAUAAUUUUCUGAACUUAUGUACUUUAUAAUUAUUUAAUAAAUUUUAUUUUUAAUAAAUUUAUUGAGAAACAAAUUAGGGGCCACAUGUUAAAUUUUCGAACAGGGCCUCCAAAUAUCAUGGACGGCUCUGAUGUCGAUCAAAGCAUCAAACGAUUAAUUCUGUGAAACCUAGAAUCUGCCCUUUUGUUGAUCUACGAUCCAUAUUCAUUCGAUCAAUUACUUCAAGUAAUUUUUACUUAAAGUUCAACCCACGUCACUAAGCAAAGUUCUAACUGAAAUGAAGAUAAAAUUUAGGCAAAAUACACUUGUAUAGCCAUAAGAUUCACGUUUUUGACAAAUAUAGCCAGAACUAUUCAAAAACCCAAAAUAGCCAGGAAAUUGGAGGGUAGUGUGACAAAUCUAGCCAUUUCCGUUAGAAACAUUAACGGUGUUAGUGACGCCGUCAAUUUUGUUAGUGAUUUGCUGAUUAGGACGCCAAAUCAGCGCACACGUCAUCAACAAAUCAGCAUAAAGUGACAUGUAGAUUAUAUAUGAUAUAUAUAAUAAAAAUAAAAAAAUAAU